ACUCGGCAUCAUGGCCGCCCUCAGACCUCUGGUGGAGGCCAAGAUCCUUAAAAAGAGGACCAAGAAGUUCAUCUGGCACCAUUCAGACCGAUAUGUCAAAAUGAAGUGCAAUUGGCGAAAACCCAGAGGCGCUGACAAUAGAGUGCACAGAAGAUUCCAGGCCCAGAUCUUGAUGGCCGACGUUGGUUACAGGAGCAACAAGAAAAUAAAACGCAUGCUUCCCAGUGGCUUCCGGAGGUUCCUAGUCCACAAGGUCAAGGAGCUUGAAGUGCUGCUGAUGUGCAGCAAAUCUUCCUGUGCGAUUGCUCACAAUGUCUCCUCCAAGAACCCCAAAGCCAGUGUGGAAAGAGCAGCCCAGCCGGCCGUCACCAGUGCCAGGCUGCGCAGUGAAGAAAAUGAAUGGACAGACAGCUUAUGUGCACAUAAAUUUGUGUUAAUAAAACCAUAA